AUUUCUUCUCUGUUCAAUAGAGAGCUUCUGUGUUGUUUUUAGCUGUGCUUGUUGAAGAAGACAGUUUACUGUGAGCUUCUUUCUCUUUUUUUUUUCUUUGGAGAUUUCAGAUUUAUAUGGCUUGGAGGAACCAUUGGCCAAAUCUGUUCAAAGUGAACCCUUCACCACCGCAGCGUCAAAUCAGCACAUCUUUAACAAUGUCUACCGAAAAGGCGUCUGCUGGUGAAGGAACAUCCUCACCUAGGGCAACGGAAGAAAACACCCAACUAAAGAAAAAAUGGAGUCCACUUCCACAACAAAAAGAGAUAUUAGAAGAAAUUUUCAAAUCUGGAAAAGAAAGUCCCGAUGUAGACGAUAUACAGAAGAUCACUAGAAUGCUCCAAGCAUAUGGAAAUGUUAGAGAAGCGAGUAUCUUCUAUUGGUUCCAAAAUAGAAAAACAAAAGAAAAGAAGAAACAACGGCUUGAUUCUGAAUGUACUUCCAUGCCCAGCAGUGGAGAAAUUUCCCCACCUCCAAUGCCUCCACCUCAACAGACGAAUGCAGUCAGUUGUGCUCGAUGCCAAAACGCCAUAACAGCAGUAGCAGCAAUAAUGAAUGACAGCACUAUCGUUCAUACUGAACGAGGUGAGAGGAAUCGGAAUGUUUCUGCUUUAACAGUAUUCAUCAAUGGUACUCAAUUUGAUGCUUCCGUUUGGCCUAUAAAUGUCAAGGCAAGGUUCGGUGAGGGAGCAAUUCUGCUUCAUUCCUCUGGCCAACCAGUCCUUGUGGAUCAUCAGGGAUUCAUCUUAAAAGAAUUGGAACACGGAGGCGUGUACAAGUUGGUGUAUGUAUGAAACAGAAGAUCUGCUUCAGUCCAAGUGGGUUUUCAUUCACUACUGCAAAUAGGGAAUGGUGCAAAUACAUAAUAUAUGUGUAGAUUCCAAGGUUUUUCUAGUUCAGAUUACGCAUUAAAUAGGCCCUUGGUGCACGGCCUCUCUAUCUCAGACAUUCAUUAAUGUAAUUAUAUCGAUAUGUGAUUUCAGCCAAUGAUUUUGAUGAAUUUAUACUCGGUGAUAUAGCUCAAUAUUUUUUCCCAUACCCAAGUUAUGGGAUAUAGUUUUGUAAUGGUGAAAUUUGGAUAUCAAUCAAUUUUUAUUUAGUUUUGGUUU